AUACUUAAGUCCUAUCUACUUGCGCAGACAGCAAAUGAAGACUGCCAUUCAUUCGAUCAGAUCAACUGAUCUAACUACAUACUUAAAACAUUUGAUCUAUGCAUAUGUUUUAGCCGCCCUAUUUCUCCCUUUAAUGCAGUAUAAUUAGAAAUAGUAAGUUUUAUAGUAAAUAGUCUAGACGAUCAUAUCAACGCUACUUUAAAGUAAUCUGGUUUGUUUUUAGCAUACUUUUGGCUAGCGAACAAAGUGCUGUUAGCUUCAUUCAGUUAUCAGCCUAUCUGCUUGUUUUGAGUGAAGAUGGAGGCUCCGCCGGUGACUGUGAUGCCUGUUACUGGUGGCACAAUUAACAUGAUGGAAUAUCUACUACAAGGGAGCGUGCUGGACCAGGCAUUGGACAGCCUCCUGCAUCGCCUCAGAGGUUUGUGUGACAAUAUGGAACCUGAGACCUUCACAGAUCAUGAAUUGGUUUAUCUUCUGAAAGGCCAACAAGGCAACCCUUUCAUUCUGCGUGCUCGCCGCAGUCUGUCCCAUCCCACCGCCCCGUGGCACCUCCGCUACCUAGGGCAGCCUGAAGUGGGAGAUAAGAGCCGCCAUGCUCUGGUUCGCAACUGUGUGGAUGUGGCUACUUCACACAGCCUACCCGAGUUUCUUAAUGAGAUGGGCUUCCGCAUGGACCAUGAGUUUGUAGCCAAUGGUCACAUAUUUAGGAAAGGUGCUAUGAAAGUGGUUGUGACCAAGUUGUCUCGCAUUCUGGUACCUGGGAACACAGAGAACAUAGAGCGGCUCUCAUUGUCAUAUUUAGUGGAACUGAGUGUUCUAGCUCCAGCUGGACAGGACACUGUAUCUGAGGAUAUGCGCAGUUUUGCUGAACAACUCAAACCCCUGGUGCACCUUGAGAAAAUUGAUCCAAGCAAACAGAGACACUAAGUGACGUGAGAUGAACCUUUGAACUUUUUGGUUUGUAUUUUGUUUCAUAAAAUAAUUAAAAACGUUAACCAAA